AUGUUUUGGCCGCUGCUCCUCCUAGCCGCGACCAUUGCGCUCGCGCUGUACGCGUGGCGAAGGCGGCCGCUUUACGAAUUCGCCAACAAGUACCCUCUUGGCAUACCGACCUAUCCUCUCAUCGGCCAGUCGUACGUAUUCGCGGGUACCGAUGAAGACCGAAUGAACUCAUUUAUAAAAAUGGGCUACAAGUCCCUUAAAAACGGAGGUAUCAGUUCGAUAUGGAUGGGGCCGAAGUUGUAUGCAGUGAUCAGCGAGCCCGAGCUGCUGGAGGUGGUGGCCAAGGCGUGUCUGGAGAAAGACUUCAUUACGAAGUUCCUGAGGCUGGCUCUCGGGAACGGACUCAUAUUUGCUCCGGUUAAGAUCUGGCGUCCCCGCCGCAAGGUGAUGGCGCCGACGUUCAGCAUGAAGAACCUGCACGAGUUCGUGACCGUGUUCGACAAGCAGAGCCGCAUCAUGGUGGCGCAGCUGCGCGCACACGACGGCGGCGGGGACUUCUCCUUCUGGGAGUACAUUACUUCCUACACGUUUGAUGCUAUCUGCGAGACUGUCCUGGGCAUGGAGCUGAACGCGCAGAAGAACCGGCACCACCUGUUCAUCGAGGCCUUCGACGUGGUCGUCCAGAUCCUCGCCAAGCGCAUGCUGUCGCCCUGGCUCUACUGGGACUGGGUCUUCAGGCUUACCUCCAACUACAAGCCCUUCAUCGAGCAGAGGAAGACAGCUUACGCGUUUUUUGAUAAGAUUAUAAGUGAUAGAAGAAAAGAAUUGGCAGAACAAGGGGCUUACUACGAUCCCAAGGACCGCAACAGACCGUUCCUGGACAUGAUGAUAUUGGCUCCCGGGGGCUACACGGACAUCGAGCUGAGGGAAGAGAUCAUCUCCAUCGUGUCGGCCGGCACGGACACCUCGGCCGUCGGCACCGCCUUCGUCGCCCUCAUGCUGUCCAGACAUCCCAGGGUGCAGGACAAGGUCUACGAAGAAUUGAAGGAGGUGUUCGGCGACUCGGACCGGCCUGUGACGUGGCAGGACCUCCCGAAGCUGACGUACAUGGAGGCCGUCAUCAAGGAGACUCUGCGGCUGUAUCCGCCGGCGCCCGUCGUCGUGAGGGACGUGCACGAGACGGUUGUACUGCAUCAGACCCGUCGUUACCAAACUGGGUAA